AUGUCCAUCAACGUCCUUCUCGUGGGGGCUGGUGAAAUCAAUUUUGGAUCGGUCGAGGGCCCGUGGAACCAUUCCUUGCGCCUUGAGCGCAAGCUAGGGGACAGGUUAAGGGUUGUUGCCCUUGUUGAUCCAGAUAUUUCACGGGCCAAGGCGGCCAUCGAGUAUAAACUCGCGGGUUUGACGGCGAAAGCCUAUCAGGAUUGCCAUGCAUACGCCACAGUCAAAUUGGCUGCGGACAGUCUAUCUGCAGAAAACAACAACCAACCCCAGCUUGCGAUCCUCGGCGCCCCGCCUGUUGUGCGAGGAAGCGACAUCCCAGGACGGGACCUCGAGCUGCAAGUCGCGCGUGCGUUUCCCGAAUGCGCGCUCUUUGUCGAGAAACCUGUCAGCAGCGGCCCAGAGGAUGCUUGUUGGCGUGUAGCUGCCGAACUUUCCAAGAGGCAGACGUUCGUCUCCGUAGGCUACAUGCUGCGAUACUCUCGAGGUCGAAAGAUAAUAGCGGAUAACAAGUUGGUAGUGAUGGGGACCAACGCGCGAUAUGUCAUGGCCUAUGAAUAUGCAAGAAAACUGUCUUGGUGGGACAAGACAUCUUCGGGCGGUCCAAUCGUCGAACAAGCGACGCAUUUUUGCGAUCUGUCCCGCUAUUUCGGCGGCGACGUCUCCUUGCCGUCCGUCACCGCACACACAGUCGAGCACUAUGAUGCGCCUGGUGUGCUAUCUGCCAAGCGCUUUGACGAAGAGGACAUCGCGCCGGAGCGGCGCCUUCCCCGCUUGACGAGUGCGUCGUGGAAAUAUGUCAACGGCGCGGUCGGCGCGCUAACUCAUGUCAUUGCGCUGCAUGGAACGACGUAUGACACUGAGUUCGAAGUAUACGCAGAUGGAUAUCGGCUGAAGCUGAUCGACCCGUACGGAAAACCCGUACUUUCUGUGCGGAGGCCUGGCCUCGAGGGCGAAGAGAUCAUCACCUUCUCUGACGACGACCCGUUCUACACAGAGCUGUCGACGCUCAUUGAUGCACUGCAUGACCCAGCGAUGCGCGACAGGAUCUUAAGCACGUAUGGGGAUGCAGUCAAGACAUACGAGUUCGUGAGUGGUGCUAGAUCUCGAUCGCAUGCCGCGCUUCAUAGACUGCUGUAG